CGGGAUGCCCGCUCCCUCCCUCCCGCUGAAUGGGACGCUCUGAAUGGGCCGCGCAGGAUGUGAAGCUCCGCUAGAAGAAGCAGCAGGAUGGAUAAAGCGGGCUGGCGCGCGGCGGCGGCGGCGGCGGCGGUGCUGCUGCUCCUGCUCGGCUUCCUCUCGGUGUCGUCCGUCAGCGCCGACACGCUGCUGUCGGCGCCGCUCAAUGUGACCAUCAAGGAGCUGGAGGUCAACUCGGCCGUGGUCACGUGGGAGAUCUUGGAGGGAGAUCCCGUCAUCGGCUUCGCCAUCACCCAACAGAAGAAGGACGUCCGCAUGCUGAGGUUCAUCCAGGAGGUGAACACCACCACGCGCUCCUGCGCCCUGUGGGACCUGGACGAGGACACCGAGUACAUCGUCCACGUGCAGAGCAUCAGCAUGGGCGGCAGCAGCCCCCCCAGUCAGCCCGUGUUCUUCAGGACCCCCAAGGAGUCCGAGAAGAUGGCGUCCAAGAGCCCAGAUAAGGUGAUGAUGGAAGAGUUCGGUCACGCUGCCCAGCUGAGGGCGGGGGAGCUCAUCAUCAUUGUGGUGGUUCUCAUCAUGUGGGCAGGGGUGAUCGCUCUGUUCUGUCGUCAGUACGACAUCAUCAAAGACAACGAACCCAACAACAACAAGGACAAAGCCAAGAACUCGUCAGAGUGCAGUACCCCUGAGCACCCGCAGGGGGGGCUACUGCGCAGCAACGUGUAAGACCAGCCCUGCUUUGCCUUCUGCAAUAACCGACUACUGGAAUCUCAGGACGGGCCCUGAGACCAACAGAAAGCCAUUCUCAGACGUCAUGGUACUGAAGAACAGAUUACCCAUUACAGAAACUCUGCUUCACACAACGCAGAGCCCUUCGAAUGCAAACCGAUGCCAACGUGAACUCGCAGGAUCGAAGGCUGGAAACAAACAGGAAACAGAGACGGGACGUGACUCCGUUUUCCUUCCUCGUGACCAAAAUGGGACGACACUUCUAACGUUGUGUAGCGGGAGCAAACAUGGAACGACUGUACUGUACGUCCUUAUUCCUGACCAUGAAGGAUUUAUUCCAGCGUUCGGAUUACUCCCCAGUUCUGCACCAGUAGCAUCAAAACCCAGGAGCCAAUCGCUGGACUUCAGCCUUGUUAUCACACAAGGCAGACAGAGGUCGCCUCGGGUGAACCGUGGGGUCCUCGUGGUCCAGGAUCCAGUGAACGCACCACAACACCACAUUCAAACCACGGACUUUGUCUUUUUCUACCUGUCCAUGUGUCACCACCUCCUUUUCUGUGAGUUUGUCUCUAAUAAGCACAUUCCAGGUUGGUGCUCCCCUGUUACUGUGUCCGUUGAGCCCUCACAAUCCUCAUCUCGGUUCCUUUUGUUAGAGGCUACACGUGGAAGGAUUGUGCUCAGUCACACAUCUGACUUUUCGUUCUCCUCCUAAACUGACACACUAUAUUUAUAAUCGAUGUUAUCAUCAUCUAUGUUUGCUACCGAGCCGUUGGCUCCAGUGUGGAGCGCCCUCAGAGCCUGAUUGCGUUCACGUUGAGGCUCAUUGUUCUUGACUGCAUAUUCACCGCCAUAUGCUGAUUCUGCAGUUUUGCAGCAGGACGCGUGGACGACGGGCAAAAGUUUGGCUGCGUUUCCACUAAAUCUGGCUGAGGACGGCGUAUUUCUGUAGAGGCACCUCACCUGCAUCAGUUAAAACAGCAUCUCUCAUCUCUAGCGUCUGGGUUUAAACACAGCUCUGUGUGAAAGCAGCCAUUACUGCUUCUGCCUGAACGACCCCAGAACACCCCCCCCCCCCCCCCCCCGUCUAUUUCUCACCCACUCCUCCCUCUUUCCUCCUCUCUCUCCAGCCGCCCUCAUCCCCUCUCGUUCGCCCAUUCAUGGCUUUUUCCCCCUCCUCCUAUCUCCCACCAUCCUCAUACAUCACUCCGCUCUUCCUCCUCCUCCUCUCCCUUGUUUCUCAUUACAGCCACUCUCAGCCUCCCGGUAGCCACCUUCCUCCGCUCCGCAUCGCGUCCCGCUCUCAUUCGGUCUCGGCCCGCCGCCCAUCCUUCGCUCAUCUAUCACUCCGUGUCCUAUACGGGCCGGGAGAGACUCUAUACAUGGUAAACAAGUGUGGUGGGAGGAAAAAGACCAGAGAGAGGAGGCGAUGAGAGGAGAACUGAGGAGUAAGUGAGAAGCAAUACUAAUGUAUGUGUAAGUACAGUGAUCGGUGUUUAACAAAGUAACCGAGCAAUAAACCCCUAAAACUAAAAUGUGAUAUACAGUAACACUGUCUAUCACUGUAGUUGUGGCUCAGUCUGGACAGAUGGAGCAGGUGAGAGUGCAGACUCAGCAAAUCUGCAGGAUGUUUAAGCCGCGCGUCUCUCCCGCUUCCUGUUUCUGCGACGUGGCCAUAAAAAACAGAAGAGACCCAUAUUGUUUCUGAGCAGAUGCUGGCACAAACCCAUUCCCCUCAUUAGAGGCUGGAGGCCGGGCCCAUCGUUCAGCUUCGUCUAACAAACAGCUUCCAUUUCUUCUGGGCUCAGGAGCUUUGGGCUCCGUAACAUAUCGCCAGUGUGUAGACCGAAGACGUGACCUUUUCACUCCUCGUCACGCGAUCUGCUGUCAGACGUGGGGCCGUAUCCUCAAAUUGGACCCAAUGCUCAUUAGUUAUGGCACAGGGAAAUUUUAAACACAGCUCAAUCGAUGGCGUGAACCGUUGCAAACAUCAAACUGUGAAGGAUUUCGUGUGUGAAAAACCUGCUCCUUUAAAGUUUUAACCUCCGCGUGUUCUUGGCAGCGUCAUCGCUUCAGAAAUCAGAGUCACUUUGUUCUCUUGUUACGCACUGAUCAAAAGGGAAAAAUCACUUUACUGGCGAUAAAGACGGGGCGUUAUUCCGAUAUAGCGGCGACUUAGGGACAAAUGUGAUGCUGAUCAAAGCGCGGCCUCGCUCACCGAUGCGCAGGUCCGUCCUCCGGUUGGCUGCGGUCCAGUGUGACCCACCUGGGAGCUGAGCAGAAGGCGGGUCCGGCCCAGACUGCUCCGUCUGUGGCGAUCGGCGGCUGCAGGAGGCGACUCGACAGCUGCUCAAGGUGAACGUCCCGAUGAUGAGGGUGCGGAAGUGAAGGCGGAGGCGGUCGGAGAGACCUGGAGGCAGACGGGGGAUUGAACCGGGAGGGGUUCAGCCCACUGGUGCCACAAGGGUUCGGUUCACGGUGCCGUCCAAACGUCCAAAUACGACCUCUGCUCCGAUAACGUUCUCACUCAUUCUGAUUGUAGUUGGUUCCACAGCCCCAGCCUUAAACUCCUGCUUAUCUAAACCCCCUUCAGACGUCCCACCUCUCACUGUCAGACGAGUACUGGGAGUCUUAACUAUUCCCCCCCGAGGUCAGCAAAGAACGGGGGCAUUUACUUAUGGCGUACUGUACGUUUGUACUGUAUGUCGAAGCAAAUAACCGAGAAGCAUGGAUCUAAUACUGAAUACUGGAGUCGGUGUUGUGUUUCCAGUCAUGUCUGUGUUGUUCAUGAGGGUUGCAUGACUCUGCUGUUGUUCACAUCCAUGGUAUGUAUAGAUAUACAUAUAUAUACUAUUUCUAUAACAGUAUAAAUGUCUUAUCUAUUAACACAGAAAAGGAAUAAAAUAUUUUCAGUGCA